AUGAAAUGGCCUAGCCCCUUACUGCUGCCCUUGGUCGUGGGUUGUGCUUGGCACUGGGCUGCAGCAAUUACGGUGACCUUGCUUCAGCUUGUAUGUGACUACUUGGUUCACUUGCUCGUCCCUGUGGGAUUUGUCUUUGGGUACUAUCUAGACAAGUGGGAUAACAAAAAGCUAACCGCCUUCUGGAAUAAGAGUAUGCUUCUUCAAAGGGAACUGUAUGAACUGAGACCCGAUGAAGAAGUUACUUGGAAGUAA